AUGUGGGUGAAAGCUCUUUGUGUCUUUCUAGGUUUCCUGGUGCUGCAGGUGGCUGAUGGAAAGCUUGACUCUAUCUCCGAGGGAGAAGGACUACAUCUGCAUGGGGACUUCUCAAUCGCUGGACUCUUUCCUCUUCACUACACAAAUGGCCAAAGUGGUGGUUUUCCCGCUUUGCGUCCAUGUAAAGAAGGCCGACAUAACAAGCACGGUUUCCACAUGAUGCAAGCCAUGCGAUUCGCUGUGGAUGAAAUCAACAACAAGACUGGGGCACAUCAUCUGCUGCCAGAAGUCUUACUGGGCUACCAGCUGUAUGACAUUUGCUCAGUUCCGGCCAGCGUGCUGGCCACACUGGACAUACUGGCUGAUCAGUACCGUGGUCCUUCUGCAAACAUUGAACCCCUCCUUACCAACACGACAAUAGCUGUGAUUGGGCCAGACAGCAGCAGCAAAACAUUUACUCCUGCCGCUCUACUUGGGGCCUUCCUCAUGCCACAGAUCUCCUAUGAAGCAUCAAACAAAAAGUUGAGCAACAAGGUCCUCUACCCAUCAUUUUUCCGCACAAUUCCCAGCGACAAGAAUCAGGUGCAAGCUAUAAUCCAGCUGCUGGUCCAUUUCAACUGGACAUGGAUAGCUCUGUUGGGCAGCGACAACGACUACGGCUUGGAUGGCAUGCAGAGCCUUUCUCGCCUGGCCCCAGAACACGGCAUCUGUGUGGCCUACCAAGGAAUUAUCCCGGCCUACAGUGGCGAGACGGCCGACUUGAUGUGGAGCAUGGUGGAAGGCAUACUCAGGGCUAAGGUCAACACCAUUGUACUCUUCUCCAGUAAGUCGAAACUCAGCGGCUUCUUCCCGUUUGUCGUCAAAAGCAACAUGACAGAUAAGGUCUGGAUAGGCACAGAAGACUGGUCAUCGGCCACGCUCAUAUCCGAGAUCCCUGGGAUCCAUACUGUCGGCACCGUGAUCGGGGUGUCCGUGAAAAACGCAGCCAUAAGAGGCUUCGUGGAGUUUGAAAAGAAAGUCACAGAGGCUUCACUGCAUCACUCCCAUGCCCAGUCGAGUUCAGGGGUCAGCAGCAGUGUUUGCCUGCAUAGCACCGACGUGUACAGUUUGGCCAAAAACAACUUCACAUUGGAGAAGUAUGACAUUACCUCCUCCUUCAAUGUGUACAAGGCAGUGUAUGCUGUGGCACACUCUCUGCAUCGAGCUCUUCAUUGUGACUCUGGACAGUGCCAGAAAAGGAGGAUGAAUCCUUGGCAGCUCCUGACCGUGCUCAAGCACACCAGAUUCUCUCUGGGAAACACCUCUAUGUACUUUGAUGUGAACGGAGACCCUCCAACUGGAUACGACAUAGUGACUUGGAUUUGGAAAGGCACGGAUUGGUCCCUCCGAGUGGUGGGCUCCUUUAGUCCGGAUCCACUUUGGCUUAAACUAGAUGAAGAGGCUAUCGAGUGGCAGAGCAUGGGAAACACAUCCAGAUCUGUGCCCCUGUCCAUCUGUUCUCCUCCCUGCCCAAGAGGCCACAGGAGGUUGAUGAGAGGACAACAUGCUUGCUGCUUCGACUGUCAGGCCUGUCCUGCUGGCACUUUUCUCUAUCAAAGUGAAUCGACUGAAUGCCGGGCGUGUCCACAAGAAAUGUGGGCUCCUGUGAGCAGUGAGCAGUGUCGCGACCGGAGAGUCCUGCUUCUGGCCUGGGAUGCCCCGCUCUCUCUGGCGCUGCUUUUUUUCCUGGCCUGCUGCCUGCUGCUGACCUCGGGCUUUGCUGCCGUCCUCCUGACGCAUCUCCGCACACCGGUGGCCAAGUCGGCCGGGGGCCGCACUUGCCUGCUAAUGCUGGCGGCCCUGACCACCGCCGCCUGCAGCUCUCUGUGCCAUUUCGGCCACCCAUCCCACCUGUCCUGCAUCCUCAAGCGGCCUCUGUUUAUAUUCAGUUUCAGCGUGUGUCUGGCCUGCAUCAGUGUGCGCUCCAUGCAAGUGGUCUGCAUUUUUAAGCUGGCCUCCAAGCUCCCACCAGCCUAUGACAAGUGGGCCAAGAAAAAGGGACCUGAGGUGACCAUUUUCAUCUUGUCCACCAUUUCUUUUCUCGUUUCCGUAACCUGCGUGGGCCUUGACCCACCUGAGCCGUCUCAAGAUUUGGAUUUCUACGAGGACGGCAUUGUCCUGGAGUGCAGCAGCACUCUCUCGUACGGCGCGGGCGUAGAGCUGGCGUACUUGUCGCUCCUCAGCCUGGUCUGCUUCUCGUUUAGCUACGUAGGGAAAGACCUACCUGCCAACUACAACGAGGCCAAGUGUGUCACCUUCAGUCUCAUGGUUUACCUGGUCUCCUGGAUCAGCUUUUUCACCCUCUAUUUGGUCAGUAGAGACUCCUUCACAAUGGCUGCGCACGUCUUUGCUAUUCUCUCGAGUGUUCUGGCCGUCCUGGCCGGCUACUUCCUGCCCAAAAUGUACAUCAUGUUACUGAGGCCGCAAAUGAACACUACUGCUCAUUUCCAAAACUGCAUUCAGAUGUACACCAUGAGCAAACAGUGA